AUGUCUGGUUCCUCAACUUUGCCGCAUUCGAUGACUUGGGCACCACAGAUGACUGCCGGUCAGUUCCAGUCAAUGCAAUCACUCGAUCAGCGUGGUCUGCCGGCUAUAUCUUAUUAUCCUAUCCCGUUAGUGGCCCCUUCUGCUUCAAUGCCGUAUGGACUUAGCUCCCCGUAUCUGUUAUCGCCCUAUCCAUCGAUGCAGCUACCAAGGCAUACCUCAGAGCAGCAAAUCCCGGCCACUAAUCCGAACAUUCCUGGAAGCCCUCCUGAAGGGCAAGAUCUCAAUGCUUAUCAGCUCAGUUUAUCGUUAGAUCAGUACAACCAGCACCUCAUCCGUUCACAGUUGGAUCAAGCUCAACAAACUGCUCAAGUGGCUAGCUGUCAAGUACAACUACUAAGGGACCAGCUGACCAGCGAAACAACUGCACGAAUUGAAGCCCAAUCGCGGACGCAUCAGCUGCUAAAUGCGAAUCGUGAGCUCCUGGAGCAGGUGCAGGCGCUCGUCCUGAGGCUCCAGUCUCUGGAAGCGAGGCUUGCCGAUGAAAUACAAGAACACAUCAGCCAGCCGUCAACAUCCAAAGGACUUCCUCCAUCGGCUGCAGUACCGGCAAGCGCUGCCAGAGUAGCUGCUGCGCGAGCGGCGCCACAGAUGACAACGCGUUCGUUCCAUGAACAGUAUACGGGUGAAGCGAAAGUUCCUGGACCUCCUCCCAUUGAUCCCUCAAAACCAUAUCAGCUCCAGUCCUUGGCGGAUAUUCGUGCUGGUUCAUUACCACCACAACCAGCUGAAUCAGCGGUCUCUGCAUUAGCAAAAAAUCGUCGUCCUGCUGACGAUUCUGGCAUACGUACAGAGCCAGAAAGCGGAGCCGAGUUCGAAGAAGAGCAGCAGCAAAUUACUUCACCGAUGCCACGACGUGUGAAAGAUAAGGCAACGGUUUUGGGUGGUGAGAUGAUGUUCAACAGGAUGUCGUUCAAUCCGAAGCUGAGAGAGGUGAAGCGCAAGGAUAUCUCCGAAAGUGAUAAUGUGGUUAUGGAAAGCAUCGAAGAAAGCCAGAAUGAGCAGCCGAGCACCAGCGAGUUAACGGUGCUGCCGCUGGAAGUAACGUUUCUGUCGGUUGUGGCGCCCUUCACAAAUGGCCGGAUGCGUCUAAGACUUUUAGUUUACUGA